UCCAACAUGGUUAACGAGCUUCGUCCAACAUUAACAGCCUUUACCGUCUUCUGCUUGGCAGUUAACAUCGUCGCUGGCAUGAGGCUGCCCGUUAGAGAACGUCAAUUACCUUUAGGCACUGGCAUCCAUCCGCUGGAGCAUCGAAUCGGCGACGUGUUGCAGAAAAUCUCGUCAUCCGCGAAGGUGAUUCCGCGGAGUGUCGAUGCUACAACGCCUCCACCUGCAGUUGUUCCAGUGAUUCCGGACAGUCUCAGGUCAGACAUCCGAGCCGCCAUCUUCGUCCUUCGCGAGACUCAGCUUCAAAUACUCUCCGUCCUGUCUGUUCAAAUCAAAAUACAAGAGAAGUUAUCUCACUGGCAAUUAGCACCACAUCAAACCAAGAUUGACGCUAGUCAGACGAAUGAUAAUUUCCUAGUUCCUUCGGAAUUGCGCACAGACGCGCAUAAAAUCAAUUCGGUGGAGCAUCAAAUGGCCCACCUUCUACAAAGGAUUUCAUCGACUUCUUCGAACAUUCAAGGCUGGCCGAAAACAGCGCGGCUCAAUAAAGCAAGUUCCAACAACGACAACAAAGAUCCUUGGCUGCUUUAUUCCGCCAUCAAGGAAGCCGCUUCGGUUUUCCAAGAAACCCAAGUUCAAAUCUCUUCCAUCUUGUCCGUCCAAGCCGAUAUCCAGCAAAGUCUAGACUAUUGGCAAGUCGAACUUGUCAAACUUUUAAGCCCCGAAAACGUGGCCGACGACGCUGAAGAAAAUACCACUAAUCCUUCGGCUAAUCUUCCCUGUUAUCCCAACGACACAGAAUCAAAGUCGAGUUGGCUUCUUAAAGCGUUCGUGUGCCACUCGCCGCUGCAUGCCACUUUUUGGAUCAAUUCCGGAGCUAAUUGGUACUGGCGUUCCAACAACAACGGCCAGACAGCUCUGCAAUUGGCCGUCAGCCGGAAUUGGCGAUCCGUGGUCGAAUUAUUGUUCAAACGCGGAGCUGAUUGCAGGGUUCAAUCUUCGCAACAGGAAGAAACUCUACUACACCAAGCCGUGAGAGACGGAGUGGAGGCUCCUCUGGUCCGGCUAUUAAUUAGUGCUGGAUGCGAAGUCAACGCUACCGACGGCCUACACAAGCAGACGGCCCUUCAUUUGGCUGCCGAAAUGGGACGGAAAGAUUUGGCUGAUUUACUCGUUAGAAACGGCCGAGCUAACAUCGAAGCGCAGGAUCAGAUGGGAUUUAGGCCGCUUCAUUCGGCCGUUAGGAGCCCGCAAAUAGUGACGAUGUUGAUAGCCUCCGGUGCGGAUAUUGGGGCGACAACAGUGACGGGCAUGACGCCACUCCAUCUGGCCGUCACGGAGAAUCAAAUGGCAACCGUUCGCAUUUUAGUGAAGGCCGGCGCAAAAGUAGGUAACGCCUUCGACGUCUACGGCCACACGCCACUUGAUUACGCGGCUCUCCUCGCAGACUACGAAAUGAGGACGUUAUUGGCGCCUUACGCGUCCAUUGACGAAUAUUUUCUCGACAUGCCGUCCGAAUGAAGACGUUCAUUCAUCAUCGAGUCGAGCAUUUUCAGUUGUGUCUUAUUUAAAUCUCAUUGCUGCUGGUCUGCAUUGGUUUUCAAUUCAAACGUUAGCUCGUGGUGUCUUUCGAAUAAUCAAUAAAUGUGUUAAUUCUAAUGUC